AUAGCAUGCAUUAAUUCUCACCUUAUCCUUAAAUCACAAGCUCUUAUAUUAUUUUUCAUAACAUUCUUUUUUUCUAAUGGAGAGAAACCAAUCUCGCAGGCAACUUGCUUCAAUGAAACAGUCCCUCUUUGAUCAGGGAUUAUUGGAUGAACAAUUUAUCCAAUUAGAAGAACUACAAGAUGAUGCUAAUCCUAACUUUGUUGAGGAAAUUGUCACUCUUUACUACCGUGAUUCUUCACGCCUUAUCUCAAGCAUAGAGUUGGCUCUCAAGGAGAGGAACUACCUGGAUUUCAACAAGCUUGACACACUUAUGCACCAGUUCACAGGAAGUAGUUCAAGCAUAGGAGCCAAAAAGGUGAAAGCAGAGUGCAAUCUGUUUAGGGAAUAUUGCAGGACAGGAAAUAAUGAAGGAUGCAUGAAGUGCUUUCAACAAUUGAAGAUAGAAUAUGUUUCACUUAGAAAGAAACUUGAAGCUUAUUUUCAGUUGGCUAGACAAAUUGGACCCUCAGAGGUGACGUGUCGCUCCAAAUGAGAUGACCUAUACAUCAAAUAUGCAUAUGAUAAGGGCAAAUGUAAAUGGUGAAUUUUGUAACAAUAUAUGAAAGAUAAAUAAUAUAUAUUCACCACAAAGAAGAACAAGAAUAGGAAAGUGAUGUUGGCCCCUUUGAGAUAUUUUGUUGCCAAAUUAUCAGUUUUGUUUUCAAAUGUUGUAGGAAUUUUUCGUUUCAACAAUAUGUCAAUUUAUAGUUUGGAUCUUUAACCAUAUGUGUCUAGGAUUCAAAUCUUGGUGAUGAAAAUAAAGUUGUAUCAGUUACUGGGUCCAA